AUGAAACGACGAUUAACCUACGAAGAUGAAGAAGCAUUAGAAUGGGAAGGAGAGGGAUUGUGUAAUUAUCAAAAGAUUGGAAAGAUUGGCGAAGGCACAUACGGUGUAGUAUUUAAAGCUCGUGAGAAAUCGACAAACAAAUUGGUUGCCCUAAAGAAGAUAAGAUUACAGACGAGUCAUGGAGUUCCAACAACAGCAUUGAGAGAAGUAGCGAUUCUUAAAGAAGUGUGUCACGACAAUGUUAUAAAAUUACUUGAUCUGGUCCAAAAAGAUACACUUCUUUACAUGGUAUUUGAUUAUCUUGACACGGAUCUAAGGGUCUACAUGAAUGCAACAAAGCGAGAAGGACUAACACACGGUCAUAUCAGAAGUUUUAUGCAACAAUUAUUACAAGGCAUCGACUAUUGUCAUUCUCAUCGCAUUCUUCAUCGAGACCUCAAACCGCAAAACUUAUUAAUUGACAAGACUGGCCGAUUGAUUAUUGCCGAUCUUGGUCUCUCACGAACAUUCAGUGUACCAAUGAGACCAUAUACAAGUUCGGUUAUUACAUUGUGGUAUAGAGCACCAGAGAUCUUGUUGGGUGAAGGAUUCUAUUCAACGGCAGUAGAUAUGUGGGGAGUUGGAUGUGUGUUUGCAGAAAUGAUCACCCUUUGCCCGUUAUUUCCAGGUGAUUCACAAAUUGGACAGUUAUUUCAGAUAUUCAAAGUAUGCGGUACACCCACUGAAAAAGAUUGGCCAGGCAUUACUUCUUUGCCAGAUUACAAUCCUGUAUUUCCUCGCAACAUGUCACUAUUGAUAUACGAUCCCUCGAUGCGUAUGUCUGCAAGAAGGGCUAAAGUACACCCAUACUUUUUUGAAGACACGGAUAUGCUUCAAUGUUAA